CAGAACGUUGCAAUGACUCUGUCCUUUGCCAUUUAUAAGCAUCCUCUGGGUAUCAAGUUGAUUGUUGCUCGCAGCAGCAGAUCGUCUCAGACAAGCAAGGCAGGAGCUCCAUGGCGGUGUCUCCAGACAGACAGACAAAAGAAGCAGGAACCAAGGAUUAAAUUACGUCCCGAUAUGCUAAAGAAGUGAGGUCAUUGCCUGGAUAUACUUUCAUCUUCCUUGCAUCUUUCCUUCUCAACCAAGCUCAGAGAGGAAAACAGGCAGCCCAGCAGCAAAAUACGCUGUAAUAACCACAGAUAGGAUGAGAGUCCCUGUGUUCUACGCAGUGGUGCUAGCAUUCUUCUGUCACAGCGACAGCCUGGAAAUACAACCCUCCCUGUAUGGAUCUACAAGGUCUCAGGAAGCCAUCUUGAAUCCGAGUGACUGUUCGGCCAGAACCAAGCAGCAGCAGGUCUUAACAAACCCCAACAACUUCUCUGUGGAUGUAAGGAUGCCUGGUGUUAGCCCUACUGGGUCGGACACUUACCUUUGCAUGGCACAUCCUGUUCCAACUAGUCGAGACGCGUAUAUUGUGGACUUCAUACCGCAUGCCAGUAUGGAUACAGUGCAUCACAUGCUGUUGUUUGGCUGCAAGACCCCUGUGUCCACCAGAAGCUUCUGGGACUGUGGCAGUGUACAAGGCACUUGUGAGGACGAAGCCUCCAUUAUGUAUGCCUGGGCUCGGAAUGCACCCCCUACUAAACUACCCAAAGAUGUUGGCUUUAAAGUUGGAGGAAACUCGGGAAUGUCCUACUUUGUGCUGCAGAUUCAUUAUGGAGAUGUUAGUGCUUUCAGAGACCAUCAUAGAGAUUGCUCCGGAGUUACCUUAAGAAUGACAUCGAAACCGCAGCCAUUCAUUGCUGGCAUAUACCUGCUCAUGUCGGUGGACACAGUUAUUCUCCCAGGAAAAAGAGUUACAAAUGCUGACAUCGCCUGUGAUUACACUUCAUAUCCCAUCUAUCCAUUUGCCUUCAGGACCCACACACACCGCCUUGGUAAAGUAGUCAGUGGCUACAGAAUCCGUGAUGGGAAGUGGAGCCUGAUUGGGAGACAGUCCCCUCAGCUACCACAGGCUUUCUAUCCUGCUAACAAAGAAGUGGAUGUGAAGUAUGGUGACACCGUUGCGGCCAGAUGUGUGUUCACUGGUGAGGGCAGAACCUCCAAAACUUACAUUGGGGGCACCUCUGAUGAUGAAAUGUGCAACUUCUACAUAAUGUAUUACAUGGACAGCAAACAUGCUAUCCCCUUCCUGAAUUGCAUGGCGACUGGCCCCAAAGAGCUGUUUGAGCAUAUUCCAGCUGAAGCAAAUGUACCCAUCACUGGCACUACUGGUCAUAUGAACUCUAUGAUGCACAUGGGCCACUCAACAGAUAAUCAAGAUAACAGAUUGCUGUUGGAUGCAAACAAAGCAGAAAAGAUUCUGGAUCCAGGUGACCUCUAUUCUCUUGUGUCAGAGCUGCUAGGCCAGAGUAAGGAUGUAGUUCACGUUCAUAGGUACAACCCCAGCAAGUUGCAGAGAGCCCAGGCUGACUUGGUGGCUCAAAUUGAUAGCUUAAUGCAAAAGACAGACCUGGGCUCCCCCAGUACUACACUAGCCUUCCAAACCAGGGAGGAUCCUGUCUUGGUGAGGGACAGAGUUCACAGAUUCCAUCAGCUUGAGGCCACGACCAAGCUGCCAAGAAGCAAGCUGCUAGCUGAAGGACAAGACUUCCAUUUGGAGCAGGACUCAGCAUGGCCACAGGGUUCUCUCCAGCUGGGUCAAGUGUCAGGUCUUGCCCUAGACUCGGACUCUAACUUGGUAAUUUUCCACAGAGGUGACCACCACUGGGGGGCAGACUCUUUUAACAGCCAGGCUAGGUACCAGCAGAGGUCCCUAGGGCCAAUUCAGCAGUCUGCUAUUUUGGUUGUGGAACCAGCGAAUGGAAACAUCUUGAAGGCUUCUGGCAGAAACAUGUUUUAUUUGCCUCAUGGAAUAACUACAGACAAGGAGAACAAUUAUUGGGUGACUGAUGUGGCUCUUCAUCAGGUGUUGAAAGUGAGCGGUGAUGGCAGAGACAGAAUCUUGUUGACACUGGGAGAGGCCUUCACACCAGGAAGUGACAGCAACCACUUUUGCAAGCCCACCGACGUGGCCGUUGACACUGAAACUGGGAACAUCUUUGUGUCUGAUGGCUACUGCAAUUCCAGGAUACUGAAGUUCUCUGCUGAUGGCAAAUACCUGUCUGAGUGGGGUGCAGGCUCAUCGGACAGGAGAAGACGCAUCCCGUUCCAGAUCCCCCACAGCCUGGUGUUCCUUCCUGACAGGAAGGAAGUUUGUGUGGCUGACAGGGAGAACGGCCGUAUCCAGUGUUUCAUAGCUGAAACUGCAGAAUUUGUCAAGGAAAUUAAGAAAGACGAGUUCGGAGGGGAGGUGUUUGCCAUCACCUACAGCACUGCUGGGGGUGGCCUAAUCUUUGCAGUGAAUGGGGAAUCUCCGUUUCGCUCAGCUCCACUUAAAGGUUUCGUAAUAAAUUAUUCAACCAAGGAUAUUUUGGAUACUUUCAGCCCAAACAAAAAGGACUUUAAAAUGCCUCACGACAUAGUUGAAACCAGGGAUGGCAGCGUUUUUGUCGGGGAUGCGGGCAGUAAAGCGGUCUUCAAGUUCACCACUCAGAAGUUGCAUCGCUCUGUUAAGAAAGCUGGGAUCAAGGUUGAAGAACUUGAAGAAAUGGAGGCAUAUGUCCGAACCAAUGUGAGGCCUGAACGCAACAUGUCGAAGACAGCAGCAGUUAAAGAGAUGCAAUCUGUGUCUCAACAAACUCAAUCAGAAGCAAAGGCAAAAGAAGAGAAAAAGAGUGCAGCAAAGCCAAACACAGCGGACGGUGUGCUACCAGCCAUCAUCACCACCCUGCUGCUCAUCCCUCUGCUGGUUGUCAUCUCCAUAGGACUCUUCAUUUGCUGGAGGAAAAAUAACCGAUGUGAGGUGAAAACUGAACCCAGCUCUAGGGUAGGGAUCUUGGGAAAAAUAAGAGGUAAAGCAGUGGGCAGUCUGAACCUGGGGAACUUCUUUGCAUCCCAUAAAGGUUACAGUCGUCAAGGCUUUGACCAGCUGAGUACUGAAGGCAGUGACCAAGAGAGAAACGACGACGACAGCAGCGACUCUGAGAAUGAGGAAUACUCUGCUCUGCCACCACCUCAGUCCUCCUCUUAGACGGUGUGGGGUCAGCUGCUAUCUUCCUGCUUACAUUGCUGAGAUGUGGUUAUUCAUCAUUUGUGUAAAUGUUGUAUCAGCGGCCAGUCUUACUGUUUAUAUAUUUAAAUAUGUUGUUGUAUAUAAAAAAAAUUAUUUGGAAUAAUUUAGGUAAUUUAUUUUAUCCUAAUUUAUUUUUACCCCUGGACUUGAUGAAGCCUUGGUGACACGCUUCACCCAACUCACUAUUUGUUUUCCUAAAAACAAACUUUCUUAAUAUGUUAUAUAUGAUGACACUA